GUUUCGCAGUAGUUGCCAAUUACUGGCGGAACAGUGAACACAUUUAUCUAGAGUGUUUUGCUCACGAAAAUACAUUUUAUAAGUGUAUUUGUUCUCAUAAGAUCGCGUGUAGUUAUACGCUGUUUCUUAGGAGAGGUUCCCCGCUCUGACCUUUAUGUGAGGAUUUAGCCCAAAGGGAACGGGUCACAGACGGGAGGAGAGACUCGGAGCGACCGGCCGCAGGAUCCUGAUAGCGGAGCUUUUAUUCGGAGUCUUUGUAUCCAUUCCCCGACUAUAGGGAAUAAUCACCCAGGAACUGAGACAAACGCGGUCAACUAUCUGCAAAAUCAGGCUGUGCUCAACGUUGAAUUCACCAAACAAUGGAAGCGAUUGCUAAGUACGAUUUCAAAGCAACUGCUGACGACGAGCUAAGUUUCAAACGGGGGGAGGUCCUGAAGGUAUUAAACGAAGAAUGUGACCAGAAUUGGUACAAGGCAGAGCUGAACGGCAAAGAUGGCUUUAUCCCCAAGAACUACAUUGAGAUGAAGGCACAUCCGUGGUUCUUUGGCAAGAUCCCUCGGGCUCGGGCGGAGGAGAUGCUCAACAAACAGAGACACGACGGGGCCUUCCUCAUCCGAGAGAGCGAGAGCGCGCCAGGAGACUUCUCCCUUUCCGUCAAGUUUGGAAAUGAUGUCCAACACUUCAAAGUGUUGCGUGACGGGGCAGGGAAGUAUUUCCUGUGGGUGGUGAAGUUUAACUCUCUGAAUGAGCUGGUGGACUACCACCGCUCUACCUCAGUGUCACGGAACCAGCAGAUCUUCUUACGGGACAUUGAACAGGUCCCUCAGCAUCCAUCGUAUGUGCAGGCGCUCUUCGACUUCGACCCCCAGGAGGAGGGCGAGCUUGGUUUCCGUCGCGGCGACUUUAUCCAGGUGCUGGACAACUCUGACCCCAACUGGUGGAAAGGCGCCUGCCACGGUCAGACGGGCAUGUUCCCGCGCAACUACGUCACACCUGUGAACCGGAACAUGUAAAUAACACAGAAAACAAGACAACAACAACAACAACAAAAAAAAACGAUCCCACCCACAGAACCAACCCCAGAUCCUUUUUUUGUCCCCCUGCCUCCCCACACUAUCACACACAUAUGCACAUACACAUGGACACACACACUAACACUCAUGCCUGCACAUCCGGAGAGAAGAAAUGGGCAGAAGAACAGAAAUCUUAGAUGGAAAGAAAGGAUGAAGAAUUACAAAAAUGAGGAGUGGAGGAGACCAAGGCGUAGCCUCUCCAGAGAAAAAGCAAAAUGAACACACACACACACAAAAACAGCAACUUAAAAAAAAUCCUGAGAAUGUUUUUUUUUUUUUUUUUAUUUCUUUUUCUGACAACUUCAAUGAAAGCUUAGUCAUAACUGCUCCACUUAAAACGUCUGUCUUCAGCUGGAGAAGGUUCCAGAACGAACAGAAAUCAGCUUCAAAGGAGCAUCACAACUGGUGUCCUAUCACAGUGGAAUGCCAGACCUGUGGCUUAGAUUCCCUCCGCUGUCUGUUUGUCCUCUGCUCUUUUUUUUUUCUUUCUUUUUUGUAUUUUACCUUAUUUCUUUUGCUUUUUCUUCUGGGCUCUCUUCUUUUUCUUACUGCAUGUUUUAAUCACUUUAAUGGAUUACCAAUAAAAUCCUAACGCUGUUUUAAGUUAAAUAAUUUCAAAAAUAUAUAUAUAUAUUACAUGUAAAGAUAGAAAAAUUAUAAUUAAGAAAAAAAAAAAACAACAAAAAUAGAGAGUACCACCCGUCCUGUGAAUGCAGUAAAAGUUACCAGACACAGGAUCAUGUCUGCAAGAGCAUUGGACAUCAGCUGUGGGCUAUGUGAAGAAAUCACUUAUUGAGAGAAUCCAUUUUUUUAAAGAAUAUAUAUUAUAUAUAUUUGUAUGUGUUUUGUCUGUUUCACCUUGCAACUUUUUUUUAAAGAUUCUUUUUUUCUUUCUAAAGUAUAAAUUAUGUUUGUGGAUGAGAAUCUAGCAGCUCUGGGACGUGCUAUAGCGUCAGUAUCAUUUUUGUGCAUUAUCUGAGAGGGUCAGAUAAAGAAACAAAGAGAUAAAAAAUGGCAUAUUUUAUCAUCAAUGAUUCCAUUUUUUUUUUUAAAAAAUCAUUCUUCCUGCUUAUAUGUUUUUUUUCUGUACCUGGGCGCGAAAGUGCUUUUUUUUUAUUAUUUCCAAGAGUAAAAGCGGAUGGAGAACAGUUGUGAUGGUGUUGGGAGCAUACUGUGGUUGGUCAUUUUAAUGUGAAAUUGGACCGGUGGCCAGAUUGUUUUUUUAAAUGCCAACAUAUUUAUUGCAGCCAUCGUCUUCUCGUUGCCGAGAAUGUAGCUGCCCUGUCGGCAGACACCGUCAUGAGGGAAGAGCGGUCAGAGGGCUUUAAAUAAAUAAAUAUGCGUCACUUCAAGCAUGAGCCCAGUUGAGGUGUAACUUUUUUGUAUUAAACAGCACAGACAGGAUGAAAUUCAUAGGUCGGUAUGAAACCUAUGAGACACGCCCGCGCAGAAAACUCACUACUUCACACCGGGGAUGCAGUCCCCACAGAUGAGAUCCAUAUUGUUGUGUAAUGUAAUAGCCAGUUGACAGGCACUGCAGAAAAUAUAUAUUACAACAAAGAUGAUGAUGAUGAUGAUAAUAAUAAUGUAAAGAAAGCAUUGAGAAUUAAAUUGUUUUUGUUUGUUUGUUUUUUUCCUGAUGAGUUGACAUCAGCGCUAUGAGGUGUAAAGUCUUUCUCAGUCUUCUGUGUGUGGUUGAGCACUUUCGAUGUUAGCCAUUUUGAUUUGUAGUGUUGCGUGUUCUCUUUGUUCUGUUUGUUUUUGUUGUGUUGAUGAUUAUGAUGAUGAGUUUUUGUUUUGUUUUGUUUCAUUCUGUUCUCUCUGGAUAGUGCCUUUUCUCUGGCGUGUCAGUUGUCCGACCUGCUGCUUGAGCUCCUACUCCCACCCCAAACCCCACAGUGUGCAAGUCCCCCUUCCUGUCAAAGUGUCAGGCCUUGUCUUUUCCCCAUGAAUGAUAAUGAUGAUACUCAGUGUUUGUUUUACUGUUUCCCUUCACUUUUUGUCUUCUCUGUUUGUCUCAUCUUUAUGCUCUUUUUUAUUUGCCUUCUUGUUUUUGUUUUCAAUUAAUAAAAUGGAAAUUAUUAAAAAA